AUGGCGACUUAUGGGCCCACCUGCCUCAAGCGGACCGGAAAAGCGGUGCUCGAGCACCGGAAAAUCGUCCAAAAACCGGCGAAAUUAAUCCAAACGAAUCGGUUUUACAGCGGGCUAAGAGACGCGACGAUUUUAUGCCGCUUUCACGCUUCGGAUUCGGGUGCUGUGGGGUGCAAGCUCGGCAAGCUGGAGGGCCAGAGCAAGGCCACCUUCGCGGCCCUCUUCGGGCUGAGGGCCGGCGGGGGCGUUGACCUCUCCGCCGCGUACAGAUACAACCAGAACAUGAUGGAGUAUUACACAUGUUUCCCGCCGUUUCCCGGAGAUCGGCCAAUGGGGGCGGCGGGCGCGCGAGAUGGUUACGCGCCGGCCAAUGGUGGGGCGCGGAGCGUGUCGCAGGGCGAACGGGGCGCGACGAUUGGCCCGCGGACGUUGGGCGGGCUGCCGUCACUGUGUGCGUCGGCCGCUCUCAAAUUCGCGGGCAUGCCGGAGGCUGCACGGCCCGUGCCGUUGCCUAGUCCGCGGACAAGCGGGCUGUCUGUGCCC